AUGUCGUCUCCGGCAGGGGUUCCAAUGGGAAAUCCUCAAUUGCAGAAUCAAACGUCUCAAGCUCCUCCAGCAACAAACAACAACAAUUCGAGUGAAAAUGGGGUCACGAUCAGACCAAUGAGACUCAAGGUACUCUAUACUUUCGAUGACGAAUUCAAAACCAAUUGCUUGGCACGAUGGCCGCAAGUACUUCAGAUCAAGAAUAUCGCUAUGGACGAGACGAACUCAAUCGGCUUAAUCGAACUUUACACAUGUCUACAAGCAAUCAUCGAAUGUAGUCCAGAACUUCUCCCUCGAGCUGGACGAGACUUCACCGUUUAUGCCUACGAUUACUCUGAAGAUGAUAGUCCUUUGGUGGGUCAAGGGAUGCUUUCACGGGCUUUAGCAACGCCUCCUAUACCGAAUGCCCCAAUGCAUCAAUCACAAAAGUUCAUUACGGGACGAGUAUGCAAGAAUCUCAUGGGGUUUUUUGCAAAUGGAGUGAAGGAGACUUUGGAGGUCAAGCUUCGUUUGGUUCCUCAAACGACAUCACCAAUCGAAUAUACAAACAUCAUGGGAAAUCCCGGCCAACGCAUUUCGACUCCAAUGUUUGAACAGAACGAAUGGAAUUCUUUAUUACAAUCGCAGCAAAAUGUACCUCAAAUGUUGAAUAGAACACCAAUCCCCGCGGCCAUGUCAAAUAACAAAGGAACCACCAUGGAGGUAGUCAAUCAGCUUCUCGGUCCAAGUCUUCAACCAGUAAACCCUUACAGCCAAAGUUUAGCCCCAGCUCCCGCAACCGUGCAAGAGGAACCCGCAAUGAUCGCUUCCAGAAAUCAGAAGAUAGCUAGGCCCUUAUCCAGGACGACUGUGAAAAGGGGAAGACGUGGCCGCCCACCAAAGAAUCCUCGUCCGGAACUAGGAGGCAACACUUCUGGAUAUGAAGAAGGAACAGAAGGGGAAGAUGGUCCGGCUCCGAAGAAAAGGGCGAAAAUCACUCAGGCAGAUUGGAACAAUAAAUCGGCAUUUGGGUCAGGAUCUGACUCGCUUCGAGUCACAGCAAGUACUGCAGGUUCUAUACGUGCUUUCAGACCGCUAGCUCCAUCUGGUAGUCUUACCGUAGGCAACCAUUUGCAAGAGAUUCCUCGGAAUCCCACACCUGUACCAGUCUCAAUGCAACCAGUCAACCAGCACAGACCACAGUCACAAAGUGGGCUCAGACAGGCAUCUAUUCCUCACUCAGAGAUGUCGCAAGCACACUCGCCAGUUCAUUCGUAUUUAGAGCCUUCGCUCCCUCCAGAAGACCGUCUAGAAUUCUCCAUUGAAUCCGCCCAUUUUUCACCGGUACGCUUUGCCAGUGCCAGUCUAGGAUUAACACCUGGAGAUAUCGCAUCAUCUCCACCAGUAUUACGAAAUUCAACGCGAUCGCAAAAUGCAACGCCAUCAAUGCGAUCAAGUCCCCUCUGUCAGUCGAGCCCUUCGUUACCACCCAUGCCUAGGUUAGACUCGGGAUUCAUGAGCGGUAAUCUAAACGACCUCGGCGACGUUUUCAGAGAUGACGACGAAGUAUUACGCCCGGCCGAUGAAGAGGCUAUAGUGAUUAUAAAGAAACCCACCAAACGACGAGGCCCUCGUAAAACACAACCCGCAAAUUCAAACCUAAACGGUGGAUUCCAUAUUCAAGAAGAGACACCAGGUCCCAUGGAAUUGCUCCCCAAAAGGAUGCUCAUCACUGAACAACCGAAGCCAAGACCUUCAAGGGCAGCACAAGCAAAAUCUAGACGAAACAGUAUCAUGUCCGAAGAUGGACAAUCACUACCUCCCUUAAAGCCAGACGCCCGUUGCAAUUCUCGCCCGCCUUCUCAGUCACAACCUGCUUCUAAUAUAAAACCACUACCACCAGCACCGACCUUACAUCUCCCAACUCCGCCAACUAGUGAGUAUACACAGCUCCCAAUGCCACAGAUGCAUGUCCCUGCAGUGUUACCACCACCACAGCCUCGUCCAGCAUCUGUAAACCUUUCUCGGACUGCUUCUACCGGAUCUAUGGCCCUUCCGACUAUUCCUGCGAGUGACCCUAUAUUUCCGGCUAGUUUUCAGCGAUCUCACACUUGGUCUGAGCAUCCACAUUAUAUGACCGAAGCUCCCAAUGCACCUAGCCAAACAGAAGCCAAGAAAGCCUCUAUUAGGCAUAAAUUGGAGAACGCUCUUAAAAACGGACAUAUGCCUCAGUAUUGUGAGAAUUGUGGUGCCAUAGACACCCCAACCUGGCGUAGGGCCUGGUCGCAGGAACGUCAAGGUGCUCCAGGCUACCAUGAAUACUCCGAAGAACCCGGAAGAGUGACAACCAUCAAUAUUCUUUCAAGAGAUGAUACGGGUCUCCCCACUUCGUAUCUCCUUAUCAAAAAAGCCCUUGCUGCUGGUGAAGAUCAGAAACAGUACAAGGCAUACAUUCUUUGCAAUCCUUGUGGUAUAUGGAUGUCGAAGUAUAAGUCUCAGCGUCCAGAAGCAAAAUGGGGUAAAGAUCCAGAUGCCAAGAAAAAACGACCUUCCAAAGCCAAGGCUGCGGCGGUUAUGCCAACAUCGGAAGCAAACUUCCCGCCAUCAGAAUCGAAUUUUCCCCCAACCGAGGUUUUCUAUCAACAACCUGUGGCUCCCCUCGGCAUUGAUCGUAUGUUUCCCAUUGAUCUCGAUGAAUUAGACUCAGUCAAUCAGAUACCUACUGGUCGUGGUCACUCAAACCAAGUGCGCCGAGCAGAAAGUGUUCGUCCUGCUAAAAAGCUGAACGCAGUGACCUCGGACUCCGCAUCAGUGGCAUUGAGGAGAGCUUUACAAUCAAGUCCAGCCAGGUGGUCAAAACAUAACCAUGUGGAGGUACGAGAUGAACCAGAGGGGGAUACAACGCGAAGACUUUUAUUUCCUUCGCCACGAAAAGAUUCAUCUCCUAAAGUCCUGGGAGAAGUUACAGCGAAUGUCAUUCAGGUUGCCGUUGAAAUGCACAGCGCCAAAGAUGCAGUCACUUGCACGAUGAACAAGGAGAAUUGCUCAGCUACAUUUGAUACAGAGGAGGACGCUGAGCUCAUGAGAUUAUUUGAGGAGGAAUUUGCUCGACCAACGACACCAGUCCAGAAAUCCCCCGUCUCAAAUCUAUUCAAAACUCCAACUCGAGCAACUCCAAGCCACAGGCCCAUUACGAGAAGUGUAACAAGAUCUGGUCGGUCGCGCAUAUCGCCAAGCCAUCACUUGGCACCUCCUGAAACACCAAGCAAAACUCUUGGAUCAAGCCGUCGCACUCCUCGUGGCAACGCAAUCUUCGAGUCACCAUUUACUGCUCGUCUAAACAAGGCCCUGUCUGAUAACCCUUUAAACUCCCCCUCACAACACCUCGAUUUUAGUAGUCUACCCGACCUUCCAAACUUCGAAAAUGGAUCCUACAAUCUUCAACAAUAUGACGAGGAUUUUUUUUCAACAGAUGUACUCAUGCCUAGUUCCCCACCGGGAAUGUUUUCUGAGUUCAAUAAUUGUACUCCGGCGGGAGGCGCUGUCAAUUGGGAUAAUUAUAGUUUUGACUCUGGUCCGACACAAAAUGAAAACGAAAAGGAAAAGGAAAAAGAAAAAGAUGUGGAGGUCAAGAAAGAACCGAUGGAGGAAGCAAUGAUGAAUGAGACGGCCUAA